GUUACCCAGGAAGCCUUGCGCCGCGAGGUCUGCAGUGCUGCACGCGCGUUGUCGUCUCGCUCUCUUUGUUCGUCAAGAUGGCGUUCGACGGGCCUUUGGCGGUUUUCGGAGAGCGGGGCACCGGCGAGCAUGUCCGCACGCAGAACGUUAUGGCUGCUGCUUCCAUUGCCAAUAUUGUGAAGAGUUCUCUUGGCCCAGUUGGUUUGGAUAAAAUGUUGGUGGAUGACAUUGGUGAUGUGACCAUUACUAAUGAUGGUGCAACUAUUCUGAAAUUGCUGGAGGUAGAGCAUCCUGCGGCAAAAGUUCUGUGUGAACUGGCAGAACUACAAGACAAAGAAGUUGGAGAUGGAACCACCUCUGUGGUGAUCAUUGCUGCAGAACUUUUGAAAAAUGCAGAUGAGUUGGUUAAACAGAAAAUUCAUCCCACUUCUGUCAUUAGCGGAUAUCGUCUCGCUUGCAAGGAGGCAGUUCGAUACAUCAAUGAGAACCUUGUUAUUAACUCAGAUGAGCUGGGCAGGGACUGCCUUAUUAAUGCAGCUAAAACAUCAAUGUCCUCCAAAAUCAUUGGAAUUGACAGUGACUUCUUUGCCAACAUGGUAGUGGAUGCUGCACUUGCAGUAAAAUACACAGAUUCAAAAGGGCAAGCACACUAUCCCAUCAACUCCAUUAACGUUUUGAAGGCACAUGGUCGCAGUCAGAAAGAGAGCAUUCUUGUAAAUGGCUAUGCAUUGAACUGUGUUGUGGGCUCCCAAGGUAUGCCCAAGAGAAUAGUAAAUGCAAAGAUUGCAUGUCUUGACUUCAGCUUACAGAAGACUAAAAUGAAGCUUGGUGUUCAGGUCAUAGUCACAGAUCCUGAAAAACUGGACCAGAUUAGGCAGAGAGAGGCUGACAUCACUAAAGAGAAAAUUCAUAAGAUCUUGGCCACAGGUGCAAAUGUUAUUUUGACUACUGGUGGAAUUGAUGAUAUGUGUCUGAAAUACUUUGCGGAUGCUGGUGCCAUGGGAGUACGCAGAGUUCUAAAAAGAGAUCUUAAACGCAUUGCUAAGGCUUCUGGAGCCACUCUGUGUUCAACCCUGGCAAAUCUGGAAGGUGAAGAAACUUUUGAGGCAUCAAUGCUGGGACAAGCAGAGGAAGUGGUUCAAGAAAGAAUUUGUGAUGAUGAAUUAAUCUUAAUCAAGAAUACUAAGGCACGGACUACAGCCGCCAUUAUAUUACGAGGGGCAAAUGACUUCAUGUGUGAUGAAAUGGAGCGAUCCUUGCACGAUGCUCUUUGUGUUGUCAAAAGAGUAUUGGAGUCAAAGUCUGUGGUUCCAGGAGGUGGCGCAGUUGAAGCAGCGCUUUCUAUUUACCUAGAAAAUUAUGCAACCAGCAUGGGAUCACGUGAACAGCUUGCUAUUGCAGAAUUUGCAAGAUCGCUUCUGGUUAUUCCAAACACUUUAGCAGUCAAUGCUGCUCAAGAUGCUAUAGAUCUUGUUGCAAAACUCAGGGCAUUUCACAAUGAAGCUCAAGUGAAUCCAGAACGCAAAAACUUGAAAUGGAUUGGUCUUGAUUUAAUCAAUGGAAAGCCACGUGACAACAAGCAGGCUGGUGUAUUCGAGCCUACUGUGGUUAAAACAAAGAGUCUGAAGUUUGCAACAGAAGCUGCAAUUACUAUUCUUCGAAUCGAUGAUGUUAUUAAGCUGCACCCUGAAAGUAAAGGUGAUAAAGGCGGAUGCUAUGAAGAUGCAGUUCAUUCUGGAGCAAUUGAAGACUAAAUGGAUUUUUAUUCAACUGUU